GUGACUGGGAGCGAUCACCGCCACCAGGAAAAAAAAAAAAAAAAUACCAGGAGCGAUAAAAUGCACUGAACGUACAAGUCCGCUCCACCGUCGGUAACACGUUUCGGCUGCCUGGCGGGUUCGGUGUUGGUGCGGUGUCCUGGCGAUUGGUGAUAGGUUGGCGCCAUGAAGGUGCUCUGUCAUUUCGUCUGGUUUUUAGCCAGUUGGCUGUGAUUCCAGGGAUGUCUUUUCAGCUAACACAGCGAGCUAACCAUUAGCCUGCCCAUUUGGCUCCAUUGGCCACUGGUCGCUCCUGAGUACUCCGGGGAUACCUGCUCCGGCUGUCCGCACGGAUUGUAACGCGGCUUGUCGAAGAUAGGAAACGGAUAGCCAGUCGAUCUGGAUGGACUGUCUGCAGCACGGGGGCUCGUUGUCACUGCGCGGGCGUAACUUGCGGUAGUUUCUGGGCGGCUAGGUUUGAGCUCGGCCGGGCAAUCAACGUAGCGAUUUUGCCAAUGCGGCCAUGGCAGCCAGCUGUGUCCCGUUGUCUCCGGGACUGAAGUGGGUAGUUUGGUACGAAUUUGCCUCAUGAUGAUAAACGAUUUUGGCGUAUUGACACACUGGAAUUUUACCGACUGGUCACUUACUGUCAGCAACCAUUAGCUUACAAGCUAGUGACUGACACAACAACAACAGAAAAGCUUUUUUUUUAAAUGUGUGGUAAGAACAUCAAAUAUGUUGUUGAUUUCCACCAUAGGUAGUUAUCUGAGUUUUAUGCAGACAUGUUGCAUUGCAGGUAUUCUGUGACACUCCAGUUCUCGUAACCCGAGGAAUACUUACGACUUGGACUAACGUUAAACUGUCAAAUUUUUAACACUUGACAGCUGCUUUACCGUCAACAAGGGAGGCCUGAUCCUGCACCGAGCAGCAAGCUCCACCGUCUGAGUCCGGAUAUAACUUGUUGAAAUCGGCCUGUUGCACAUAAGGAGCCCUGUUCAGUUGAUACUUUGUGUGAGCUGCAGCCCAGUUCCCAUUGUCAGACGGGCUUUUUCAGCUCAUGCGGUGAUGACUUUAGACUCCAUGAUGGCUUGUUGCCUGAGUGAGGAGGCGAAGGAGUCCAAACGAAUCAACGCCGAGAUCGAGAAGCAACUUCGGCGAGACAAGAGAGAUGCAAGAAGGGAGCUGAAGCUGCUUCUUCUGGGUACUGGAGAGAGUGGCAAGAGCACUUUCAUCAAGCAGAUGAGAAUAAUCCAUGGUUCAGGCUACACAGACGAGGACAAGAAAGGCUUCACCAAACUGGUUUAUCAGAACAUCUUCACCUCAAUGCAAGCCAUGAUCCGUGCAACCGAGACCCUCAAGAUCCCCUUCAAGUAUGAGCAGAACAAGAAUAAUGCUUUGCUGGUGCGCGAGGUGGAUGUGGAGAAAGUUUCGUCCUUCGACCAGCCGUACAUCGGUGCGAUAAAGAUGCUGUGGGCAGACCCCGGCAUCCAGGAAGCAUACGAUCGCAGAAGAGAGUACCAGCUCUCUGACUCAACCAAAUACUACCUUAACGGUUUAGAACGAAUAGCAUCACCAGGGUACGUUCCCACACAGCAGGAUGUGCUGCGGGUUCGAGUGCCUACCACCGGCAUCAUUGAAUACCCGUUUGACCUGGAGAAUAUUAUCUUCAGGAUGGUGGAUGUUGGAGGUCAGAGGUCAGAGAGAAGGAAGUGGAUCCACUGCUUUGAGAACGUCACCUCCAUUAUGUUUCUGGUGGCGCUCAGCGAAUAUGACCAGGUCCUGGUGGAGUCUGACAAUGAGAAUCGUAUGGAGGAAAGUAAAGCCUUGUUCAGGACCAUCAUCACAUAUCCCUGGUUCCAAAACUCCUCCGUCAUCCUGUUUCUCAACAAGAAGGACCUACUGGAGGAGAAGAUCAUGUAUUCACACCUGGUUGACUACUUCCCUGAGUUUGAUGGUCCGCAGCGGGACGCCCAAGCAGGCCGGGAGUUCAUCUUGAAGAUGUUUGUGGACUUGAACCCAGACAGUGAUAAGAUAAUCUACUCCCAUUUCACAUGCGCCACCGACACAGAGAACAUCCGCUUCGUCUUUGCGGCUGUCAAAGACACUAUCCUGCAGCUCAACCUCAAAGAGUACAACUUGGUGUGAAGAAAGAGGCCGAGAGAAAAGCAAGCAAAACACCCGCCAUCCCCACUCACACUCAGUGCAGAGUCCUGAGAUCUGCAUGACACAUAUUGAUGCUCCGAGAGGCGAGCGUCUCCUCUCGCUGCACCAGACCAAUACUAUCCAUGUCCUGCUUCUUUAGUUCACUCACAUCCCCAGUUUUGAAGAAAUGGUUAUCUGUUUUGUGGUUAUAUUACCUGCUCCUCUUGCACAUGAAACACAUUUGAAUAUAGCAUUCGCGCCAUCUGUCCUCAUUUUUGGGGGGAUUUUUAAUUAUUAUUAUUUUUUUGGCUCUUUUAGCUAUGGGCAUGGAUCACUUCUGUUUCUCUACACUACAUUAUCACUAGUGCAUUGUGUGUUGGAGGUGGGUAAAAGGCCUUCUCUAGGUAGAAUUAAGUUUCUACGGACAAAAGGGCUCCCACCCAUUUUGGUUUAACCUGUGCAUGCUCCACACUACAGCAUGAGGGCUGGAGGUCGGGCUGCUGACCCUGAACUCUGCUUAUCUGCAAAGAGUGACUAAUUACAGUGAUAAAAACAUAUAAUCAGGCAGUGCUGGGGUGCAGUGAGGUACAGGGUUUCCAUGGGUUUGAAUUGUUUCUUUGCAUUUUCUUGGAUUAAAAAAAAAUACAAAUCUUAACUUUGCCCCAGAUCAGAGUGCAAUAGCUCUGUUGAAUGUAAAUAAAGUUUUCAGGCUGCUCACCAAGAGUGAGGGCUACACAGAGACAUUUAGAUGCUUUCUCCUCGGCUAUGUUCACUUCUCUGUUGUAUUAUUGUUCCUUCAAUUGUGGGCUAAUUCAAAUUGAACUGACUACACUAUCCUCAUACUCUGCCCUUCAUUUUGAGUUGUCGACCUGAAACAAAACAAAAAACUAACAAAAUAAGAUAAACACUGGUAUUUACACACUGUGCAUCAUUCCCCAGCCCCAUGAUUCUGUUGCCAAAUUAUAAGUGUCCAUGUUUGGUUUUUUGUUUUUUUGUUCUGUAAAUGGAAUUGCUUUGCCAGUACGAUGUUUAUCUAUAACAUGGUUCACACACAUGAAAGAAAAAUAUCUACAGACUGGUAUUCCCAAACCCAAGUGAGAGGUUUCUCUCCCGUCACAUCGUUCAGUCGUAUUUGACUUAAAAUGCACAGUCAUCUGUAUCACACGUGUAGUCAUACUGUGAUUUAUUUUUUUUCUUUCUUGCUCAUUUGUUUCUUUCUUUGAUGAGGUUGUUUUUCUGUGCACAACAUGAUGAUUCCAGACUAGCGCUGCCAGUUAGCUUCAGUCACAAGUGUGUCAUGAUCGUCCAAACCGCUUCUCUCCUUAUAAUCGCCUUCAUUGUUGUUUUUUGUUUUUGUUUUUUAGUUGUUUUUUUUUUUGGGGGGGGGGGGCGGUGUUUGCCAUGUUUUUCGACCAACAUUUGAUAAACUUGUCACAGAUAGCGAGGGAGUAAAUAAUUCUUUUUUGUAUGUCUAAUUUAUCAAUCAAAAUCUAAGUGUUGUUGAUACAGUAAGAGAGACUUCCUCCAUAGUUUCAGCUCAUAGUUUUUCCAACCAUGGAGAGUUUUGGAGGAGUUUUUAUACUACUGUAAAAUAUCAAAACUAUUUUAUGGACAGGUGUUCUAUCUUUCUAAUGAUGCUUCAUAUUUUUAGUUGUUGCGUUUCUGAUGCUUGACAUAGGAAAACGGUUUUCCAUUGUCAGGUUUGUGCUUCAUGCAAAUAGGAAAAUGAAAAUAUACAAAAAAAUAUAUAUAUACAAAAAUACUUUGUGGUGAAAUAUUUACUGUUUGAGGAUGCUUGCAUUUUUUUUUUUUUUUAAAGAUAUGCGUUUUGGUUCUUUGGUACCAAUGCCAUAUCGUGCAUCUUGCCUGAUAGUGGUUUAAAUGUUCCAUAAGGUUGAGAGUUAAUAGAUGGCUAUUUUUGUCUUCACAAUGUAAUUCAGGUAAGUUUUUCAUAACUUUUUCAUCACAAGGGCUACUCUUAGCAGCUUUGGUAGACAUGAAAGGACUCUAUGAGUGGCAUAGAGCAAACGGUGCAAUUACAGAAAAAACGAUGAGCAGGGAUGAGUCUGAGUCAAAUGUUGUGUUGAUAUAUUGUUGAGAAGAAGGGCUGCAGGUUCAGUGAGGAGGAAGAGGAGGGGCACGGCAGUCCACAGAUGCCUAUGUGAUAUUCCCGAGGGAGCGUCUGGCAGCUGUUUGGCUCUUCGUUCACUAUCUUUUUGCCUUUAGAGGAGGCAAGUGGCUAAUGUUAAAGUGAGUGGGAUUUCCCAGGUGAUGUUUAUCGUGUCCUAUCUGUUGCACCUUAUACCACCUUUUGGCUGCACUCAUAACUUAAUGUGCCAAUUGUCUGGGUUUUUUUUUUCUCCCCUCCCACCAUGUGCUUCUGCAUAUUUGCCUCUUCGUUGGUAGUGUGUCCAUGUUUGACUUUGGCAUCAGCUGUGCUGACAGGGCUGAGACAUUUUGACCUUUUGUGCACACUCAGAGCCAUUUGGCUCAGAUUCAGCGUCAGAGAAUUUACUGCAUACCCUGGUGUGUGUGAUUGUUCUAUAAUUGUUUGCCAAUAGCUUAAUCUUUUUUUUUUUUUCUCCUCCAUAGAAAAUGUUUUCUUUUAAAGGAAUCAACUCUGCUUGUAUUUCACCUAGACUUGAUGUUGGCUGCCAGGACUCAGAACAGUCUGAACACCAUAUUUGAGCAUCUCUAACACGUCAUUGGGCGAUCGAUGUGUGUUUGUGCUAAGUGCCACAUUUUUUCCAACAUUAAAAUAACACGAAAAAUGUUGCAGAGCUCAGACAGUUUGUUUUAUUUUUUCCAUUGUGUUUUGGUUUCCUGAACCAUUAAUUAAAUUCCUUUUUAUGGUCCCAUGUAAAGCUUUUUAAUCUCGCUUCCAGGGUGUUCAUCUGCAUUGUUUAGGUAUUUGCAAAAACCAUGUGCCAUAAAUUCAUAAACUGAAUCGUUUGGCAUUCAUGUUGUUUUUUUGUGUUCGUUUGAUAGUAGUUAAUUAAUUCACUAAAAUCAGGUGUGUGUUCAGUUGUUUUGGUAUAGAUGAGCCGGCAACAUUACUUCUCUAAAGAAUUGUUUUAAAUAUUCAGCGAAAUGUGUCAGCACAACACUAAUGGUUAUCAGUGUGUUGCUCAAUGCCUUUUCUCUGAGCCAACACACGGUCACUUGACCAUUUAAUUCUGUUCCAAUGAUUUUUUUUUUUUUUUAACUUUGAUUUAUUCAAAAGUACUUUGCAGGUUUCUUUGACAAUUCACUACAAACGUGUUAAAACUCAACCCAGGGUUUCAUGAAAGAAUUUGAUUAUAAAUAGUGCUGAUUGAAUCUAAUAUAAUGGUUUCCAAAGUAUGCUUGAAGCCUCAGUAUUAAUAUAUUUAUUUACAAAAAAAAAAAAAAACUUUUGUCAAGUGAAGGUACAGACAUUUUAUUUUGGUAGCUUUAACAGCAAGUGAGUGAAUGAAAGCGCUGCGUGUUUACGUCGGACAUUCUCCUUUUUUCCCCCACCUUUCUUUCAUUUGACUGUAAUCGUUUCCCUGGGUCGAAGGCACUGAAACUGCACCACUGCAAUGGGCCUCUGUUCUCUGCAACUUAGCUGUCCAUACAAGCACGCUUGUGGGUAUACUCUGGUGUGUGCGUGCGUGCGUGCGUGUGUAAGAGUACUUUGAUGGCUGUUGCUUUUCUUGAGAUCCAUUCUGGUCAGAGGGAUGAUCGUACAGUGAUAUUAAAAACUAUCUUCAUCUUGUUUUCUUUUGUAAGGUUGACACACCUUAACACUUGUAUUUAGGACCACUUAAGAUAAACUUUUUUUAAAGAUUUAAAAUAAACUUUGUGUAGUGGUGUACAAAUUGAAAGUAAUGUAUUUUUCCUUGAUUUCUCUAUUUUUUCUUUCUUUUUCUUUCUAUCUAUCUUAUCUAUCUUUCUUUCUUUCUUUCUUAUACCAAAUGUAAAUUCUGUACAAUGAGUGUGCCAAUCCCCUUUCUUUGUAAAGCCAGACUCUUAACAAGUGCCAAUGUUGUGAAAAAUCAGAGGGCCUGUGAAUUUCGUGGUCCAGUUUCUAAAUCAAACACUAAGUAUGUGAUUAACUAACAAAAAAGGACAGUUUUAUUCUAUAUUUAAUAUUAAUGAUGAACUGCUGUUUUUAAGACAAGUGUCAUUUUAAUUGCAUGUGUUUGUCAGGUUGGGAAGGGAGUGGGAGGGUGAGACACUAUUGAUGCAACACCCUGGAAAAAAAAGGUGUCUAAAUGGUUAUUGAUUUACAGUAUUUUAGCCAUAUUUCUCUUUUUGUAUGUUUCAUUUCAACCACUGUUGCCUGAACCUCAUUCAAACAUGAAAAUGAUUUUUACAUAGCCUUCUCCUUUAAAUGUUUUAAAUUGGAAUAAAAUGUUCCUAUACUCUC